UCCGGUCGCCGAGAAGAGACCAUCAGACCGCCGCAGUUGUCGCCACAUCUGGAAUUUCUGGCCCUUUUCUCUUCGCCUUAAAUUCGGGUGUCUUUUAUGAAUAAUCAAAAGCAGCAAAAGCCAACGCUAUCAGCCCAGGGUUUUAAAACCAGAAAAAGAGAUGAAAAAGAGAGGUUUGACCCUACUCAGUUUCAAGACUGUAUUAUUCAAGGCUUAAGUGAAACUGGUUCUGAUUUGGAAGCAGUAGCAAAGUUUCUUGAUGCUUCUGGAGCAAAACUUGAUUACCGCCGAUAUGCAGAAACACUCUUUGACAUUCUGGUGGCCGGGGGAAUGCUGGCCCCAGGUGGUACACUGGCAGAUGACAUGAUGCGUACAGAUGUUGUGUUUGCAGCACAAGAAGACCUAGAGACCAUGCAAGCAUUUGCUCAGGUUUUUAACAAGUUAAUCAGGCACUACAAAUACCUGGAGAAAGGUUUUGAAGAUGAAGUGAAAAAGCUGCUGCUGUUCUUAAAGGGUUUUUCGGAGUCGGAGAGGAACAAGCUGGCUAUGUUGACUGGUGUUCUUCUGGCUAAUGGAACACUUAAUGCAUCCAUUCUUAAUAGCCUUUAUAAUGAGAAUUUGGUUAAAGAAGGGGUUUCAGCAGCUUUUGCUGUAAAGCUCUUUAAAUCAUGGAUAAAUGAAAAAGACAUCAAUGCAGUAGCUUCAAGUCUUCGAAGAGUCAGCAUGGAUAGCAGACUGAUGGAACUUUUUCCUGCCAACAAACAAAGCGUUGAACACUUCACAAAGUAUUUCACUGAGGCAGGCUUAAAAGAGCUUUCAGAAUAUGUUCGGAAUCAGCAAACCAUAGGAGCUCGGAAAGAACUCCAGAAAGAGCUUCAAGAGCAGAUGUCCCGUGGUGAUCCAUUUAAGGAUAUAAUUUUGUAUGUGAAGGAGGAGAUGAAAAAAAACAACAUCCCAGAACCGGUUGUCGUUGGAUUAAUCAGGUCCAGUGUAAUGAGCACUGUGGAAUGGAACAAAAAAGAGGAGCUUGUAGCAGAGCAAGCCAUCAAGCACUUGAAGCAAUACAGCCCUCUCCAUGCUGCCUUUACUACUCAAGGUCAGUCUGAGCUGACUCUGUUACUGAAGAUUCAGGAGUAUUGCUAUGAUAACAUUCAUUUCAUGAAAGCCUUCCAGAAAAUAGUGGUGCUUUUUUACAAAGCUGAAGUCCUGAGUGAGGAACCCAUUCUGAAGUGGUACAAAGAUGCACAUGUUGCAAAGGGGAAAAGUGUCUUCCUUGAACAAAUGAAAAAGUUUGUGGAGUGGCUCAAAAAUGCUGAAGAAGAAUCUGAGUCUGAAGCUGAAGAAGGUGACUGAAUUUUGAAACUACAUCCUCAGUAAAGCAAACAGGAGUUGUAGAUAAAAUGUCAUGUCUCAUGUGUCCUGGUUCUUACAUCUUCCUACCUCCCUAUAUCAAGCAUGAUAUAAGGGCUUUCAUGGCAAAUUUUAUUUUAACUGUUUCUAUGGUUACUGGAAAUGUUGGGUUUAGUUUCUAAAACCAUGUUUUAAGUAGCUGCAGGAGCUGUAGAUUUGAAUCUAAUGUUGCAUUAGUCUUUUCAGUUACCUUCUACCUCCUGUAUUUUCUACUGUAAUGAUGUAAUUUAAGGCAUUCUGCAAUGAACAGUUCACUUUUUUCCUGGGUUUUCUAUAUAAACAGUUUUCAAGAUAUGAUUUGGUUAAAAAUAAUUUGUUAUAAAAAUUCUGUUUGCAAAUUAAACUGUAAAAGUA